UCUGGAUCACAUGUCUGCACCGUUCCCGUUAUCCACUGGUUGGAUAUAAAUACGGGCUGCAGCGCUGCUGCUGCUGCAGCUUCAGAGGCGGCACAGUCCCAGCAAAACUACCAACACAGGUCUCUCUCUCUCUCUGUCAUUAUAUCCUGCUCCCUCUGAGGGUCAGAGAGGAUGUUGAUGAUGAUGAUGAUGAUGAAGAAGAAGAAGGGGUCCAAAGAGACGCUGGCUCUGUUGGCCCUUUUUCUGGCCUCGGCCAACUGCAUCCUGCCUCCGUCCACCGAGGAACUUAACAAGAUUUCCCUCCAGGGUGAGAAGUUUCUGGAUAAACAGAUUGAAAACGCCAUCGAUGGCGUGAAGGAGAUGAAGACCGUGAUGCAGAAAUCCUCCGAGGACCACAAGAAGUUUUUGGAUGAUCUGGAGAAAACGAAGCUACAGAAAGAGGAGGCGAUCCGUGCAGCUGAGGAGAUGGAGGCCAAGCUGGCGAAGGAGGAGGAGGUUUGCAACGACACCAUGAAGGCUCUGUGGGAAGAGUGCAAGCCCUGCCUGAAGAAGACCUGCGUUAAAUAUUACUCCAGAACCUGCAGCAGCGGAUCCGGACUGGUUGGACGUCAGCUGGAGGAUGUGCUGAACAGAACGUCUCCGUUCUCCAUCUGGAUCAACGGGGAGAGGAUCGACUCUCUGGAGCAGGAGGGCCAGCGGCAGAACAAGGAGUUCAGGAACCUGGAGGAAAAAUACUCAGAGAUGGCAGAUGGAGUGGAUAACAUCUUCUCAGACAGCAUGAAGGUUGCCGAUCACAUCAACCCUCCCGUUUUCUUCUUUCCCAAAUUCCUGGCUCCGGCCGUUCGCCACGCCAGAAGCAUCCACAUGCUUUUCCACGAUCCUUUCCACAACUUCCGGAGCUUGUUCUCUCCCAUGACGGGAAUGGGCCGGAACCUGUUCAGCCCCAUGGACUCCAUGAUGGACCUGGACUCCGACGCCGCCCCAAACGAAGACGGCAGCGUAAACGAGGACGUGAUCAUCACAAGGCCCUUCGGCAACGGCAAGAUGACCUGCAGGGAGAUCCGUCGCAACUCGGCAGGCUGCAUCAAGUUCCGCGACGAAUGCGAGAAAUGCAAAGAGAUCCAGCAUCUGGACUGCUCUGGGAAUAAACCCCUGGAGGGCCCACUGAAGGAGGAGCUGGAGGAGGCGCUGGCGAUGGCCGAGCGCUUCACGCAGCAGUACAACUCCCUCCUGAAGAGGUUCGAGGAGCGCGUGUUCAACACCUCCUCCCUCCUCGACAUGCUUAACAGGCAGUUCGGCUGGGUGUCCGCCCUGGCAAACAACACCAAGGACGGCAUCUUCAGCGUGAAGGGGGUGAUCUCCAAAGGCGACACGGAGGAGAACCGAGGCGGACAGGAUGCCGACACCAAAGUGACCGUGCAAAUGUUUGACUCUCCGCCCAUGACCAUCACCGUGCGCGGCGACAUUCCCUGGACCGACCCGAAGUUCUCCGAGGAGGUGGCUCAGAAAGCGCUGGACCGCUACAAAGCAACCAGCAUUGUCGCUAAAUAAGUUUCAGCUGCAAACGCUCUGAAUCCAUGGAAACACACCUGGAUGCUAACGCUCCGAUCCCAAGCUUCAUCUUCCAGUCCUGCUUUUGCAAAUAAAUGAAUAAAAACAAACAACGUAAAACUUGUAAGGAUUAGUCCUGCUGUAAGAGAAGAUGUUCAGUAGAGAACAGCCAUAUGUUUAUCUGUAGUCCCUCCUACAACCAGGAAGGCCUCGCAUUUUAUGCUAACUAACAAGGCCCAUGCUACAGUAAGUGCUUAGUGCCAAUACUCUGUGUUAUUAGGACAUAAAUUACCAUAUUCACUUCUGCUGUUCAUAUGUUUUAGAGACUUUGUAUGAAUCUGGGGGCUGUUUCACAAAACGCAGGAUAACGGGAGAAAGCUGGGUCCGAUUUCUUAAUCGCCAUUUUACUGCAUUUUGAUGCUAAAUAAUAAGCAAAAAGAGAAUUAGAGAGCACUGGAUGGAAAGAUAGAUUAAAUAUUUUUAAAUAACCAUAUCUGGUGGGUAGUUUAGAGAUGCUGAGUGUGUCACUGCUUUUAUGAAAUUCCAAAGAAUAAAUGAAAAAUCUUAUCUAAUAAAGGUUUUAUGAAAAAGCUCCAGAUCUUCAUUGCUACUGUGCGCAGAUAGGUUUCUAAUAAAGGAUGAAGCGGUUACUUUUGUGAGUUAACUCAGUAAUUUCAAAGUAAAAUUUUAAAGUGAUUUCUUUUCAGCUGCUGUUAAGGUAGCAAUAAAAACAUUUAAUAAAACCUGCUGAAACAUA